UCCGGCCCAGCUGUUGCGGCUGAGGCCUAUGUUCAAAUGGCUCCCCGAGGGGCUGCGCUCUUGGUUGUUUCCACCUUCCUCUUGUCGCCGGGAAGUGGAGCCUUCGCUCCCUCCGUCGCGGAAAAGACGCUAUCCCAGUGCUCAGUUAAAUAUAGAAGACCCUGACCAGGAGCGAACAAAACGGCAAAAACUUGGAAUUUUCUGUGCAUUUACACAAGGGAUUGUCAGUCUACUUAAGCUACCAUCCCAGCUGACGGCUAAGUAUUUUCUGACUGGAGAUCAGCAUGCAGAAGCUACAGAUGAGUUUCUUCCAAAUGCUUCUGGUACUUUGGAUGCUGAGCUAAUGGAACCUACGUCUGGGAUGCAAAUGGUUGAACUGAAUAAAAAAGCUGCUUAUGGUACCAGUGGGCAUCCAAAUGAAGAGAUGGCUCCUAAUGGUAGCAGAGUUAUGCCCUUUCUGAGGAAGGACUGUGGUACCAGAAAGAAUGGCAAGACAAAUAAUACUUCUUUUUCAGAGGACUUGCUACCCUGGAGAAUUGGAGUUCACAGACAUAUGUCAGAUACUCCUCCUAUCAGUACAGGAAGGCUUUUAAAAAAACCUCACUACACAGUGGAAGAGGGGGUUCAGAGAGGCGAGAGAGAAAAAUACAGACAGCUACUUGAACAAGAAAAAGAAAAGAGCCCUAAAAAUUAUGCCCAUCCCGCCGUAGGAAAGCACUCAAAUGUCCAAGGACAUGAGUUGUUAAUGUCUGGUUGCUGUGUGGAAGUAGAUGUCCCUCCAACUGUGACACCAAGGAACGGUAUCAGAAGCUUUGAUUCCAGGUGCUCUAGAAGAGAUGUAAGCAGCCCAGUAAUAGUAGCCAAAAGAUCUUCAGAGCUUGAAAAGCUCAUAGCACAGAGAAAAGAGCAGCAUGGAAAGCAUCCCUCAGCGAAUGACCUAUCAGAGGAAGUGUUGCUUAGGUUAAACCUGAGCAAUGAAGGUUCUUCACGUAGAAGGAGCUCUCAAGUUGACCUAGAAGAACAGAAGUAUCUGAGCUGGGACAAGGCUGCACAGUGCCUUCCUACCCUUACAGAGGAUAUGGAGAGAGAGAUAGACAACGUGCUGAGCCAUGGCCCAGAGGAUGAAGUUUUGAGUAGUGCCUUCAAGCUAAAGAUCACACGUGGAGAUAUUCAGACACUAAGAAAUCAGCACUGGCUUAAUGAUGUGAUCAUUAACUUCUACAUGAAUCUUCUGGUAGACCGAAAUAAAAGGCCAGGACUUCCAGUACUUUAUGCUUUCAAUACUUUCUUCUAUCCUAAGCUAAAUUCUGAGGGCUAUGAUGCAGUCAGAAAAUGGACCAAAGGAGUCGACUUGUUCCAGUAUGAUAUGAUCUUGGUACCCAUUCAUAUUCAGAUACAUUGGGGAUUAUUGGUUGUAGACAUGAGGAGAAAGGCAAUCAAAUAUUUUGACUCAAUGGGACACAAUGGCUAUAGGAUCUGUAAGAGAUUGCUACAAUAUCUGCAGGAAGAAAGCAAAGCCAAGGGAAACCUGGACAUUAAUGCUUCAUCGUGGACACUUUACAGUAUGAAACCACAUGAAAUUCCUCAGCAGCUGAAUAGCAGUGACUGUGGAAUAUUUGCUUGUAAAUAUGCAGACUUUAUCUCCAGGGAUAAACCCAUUAUGUUUACUCAGCAUCAUAUGCCUUAUUUCCGCAGAAGAAUGGUAUGGGAGAUACUUCAUCAACAGCUACUGUGACACCAGGCCUCUGACAGAGGUGCACUUGCACAGUACCCUUGAUGGCAAAAUAAGUUCUGUGUUCAGCUGCUAAUACUUGGAUCUGUCUCUGAAAACAAAGACACUGGUCUGGUCUCACUUUCAGGGAUGGAUGAUAAUCCAAAGGUUUAGUUGAAAAGCAAGUUCUGCAUCUGAGCUUGAAACUCCUUCCAAAGGAAAUAAAAUGGAUUAAGACUGGACUUUAAAGGAGAAUAAUGGUACCAGUUUAGUGAGAGACUGGCAAGUGGCUAAGAAUAAUGCUUUGACAUUCACUAUUGAGUGACUUUUGAAUUACCUGAAUAGCAUAAAGAAGUCCUCUUCACAAGAACGACACACUACUGUGUAAAGAUAUUGGUUCCACUCAUGAUCCUCUGAAUUAUGCUUUGAAGAACUGGAAACUUGCCAUAGUCCUGUGUGCCAUUUCUCCAUUUCCAUGUUGCUGAAAUGUCUAGCUUGGCAAAUUGUAAUUAGUGUUUACCAUAGUUAAACAUUAAUACUAGCAUUAGACCUUCUGAGUGCCAGUUUGGGCACCAUGGCAAGUUUUGAUUAGAAGCACCCAGAAGCAGAGAAUGGAACUGAUGUACAAGAGGGAAAAGAAGGGAGUAUACAAGCCCAUGGCAUGUUUCUAGUCCUCCAGAUGAAGUGAUUUUCUGUCAUUGGAAGGCAGAAGACUUGUUCAUUUGUUCUAAAACUUAGAUUGUUGGUGAUUUUGGAACGAUGGAAACACUGAUUUGUAACAAAUCCAUAGAAAAAGCCCUAAAAUGAGGGUCAGUCUUUAUUUAAAAAUCUAUAUAUUGUAUGCAUCUAUUUAUUUGUAUUCCUGUAUUUAAAUGCAAAUGUGUUAAAAGGGUUUUUUCAUAAACUGAAAAUAGAAAUAAUACUUAUCUAGUAAAGUGGCUUCAGUUCAUUUGAAUAAUACUGUAGAUGAUGAAAAUUUUAAGGUGGUGGUAUGAGGUUGUAGACAAGAAUAAAACUGAUAAGUGACAGGGCAACAUUCAAAUAAUUUCUCAAAUGUAUUAACUAAUGUUAUAAUUGGGAGGGUGAGGGAUAGCACUCCCUGUAGCUUGAUGCUUUGAGAUAUGUGUCACCUAUAUAUCUAAUUCUCAACAUGAUCCCAUCUGUGGAUACUUAAAUCUUGAUAUUAGCACUGUGAAUGGACAAGACAGAUCAUUAUGCAAGCCCGAAAAAGCCCCAGGCUUGCAGAAGAAUCUGAAAUCUAAAAAGAAAAAAACCCCAAAUGAUAAAGGAGCACAUAUGCCUUUAAGAAAUUAAUGUCCUCAGUGGCUGGUGCUAGGCAACCACAACAAUAUUGCCAGUUGAAAUCUUCGUUUCUGUUAGAACAAGGCAGUGGGGUGUGUGUGUCAGGGCCUUUCCAGGGGAGGACUUACCAGGGUCAUGCCUGGCAGCAAGAAUUGGACUAUUUGAUACCACACAACCAAGGUUGUGCACACACACAAAAAAAAAAAUCGGAAUUUUUCAGAUUUGGAUCUACCUAACCCAAAAAAUUUCGGUAUUUGCUGAUAUUCCUGAAUCCCAGUAUCGGUAUAAGACUGGGGUUUGAGAAUUAUCAGGCAAGCCAAAUAAUUCUACUCAAUUAUACCCA